GAAGUGACAAUCCCUUGCAGAAACUGAUCCAGCAAGGCGCCAAGUACAUCGUUGUGGCAGACGUCUUCCCGACUGGCUGCAUACCGCCAAUUCUCAAAAUGCUCGCUAGCCCAAAUAAAAUGGAGUACGAUCGGCAUGGAUGCCUGAAGAGUGGGAACAGGCUGGGACGCUCCCAGAACUCUCUCCUCCGCCAACGGAUCAAGAUGCUUCGGCACAAGUAUCCACAUACGAAGAUCAUUGCCACCGAGUACUACAGACCCAUCCUAGCUUUUCUAGAUAUGCCAGGGCAUUUUGGACUGAACAACAGCACAACUCUCCUCACCUGUUGUGGUGCAGGAGGCCCUCCAUAUAACUACGACUUCAACACAGGGUGCGGCCUCCCGGGUGUGAAGGCGUGCACAGAUCCAUCUCAGGCGCUUCAGUGGGAUGGUUUCCACCUAACAGAGUCUGCCUAUAGGGCCAUCGCCGAUGGGUGGCUCCAUGGCCCCUAUGCGGAUCCAACGAUAAUGGACAUUGCACGCUAAUACGCUCAUAGUUUGUUUCCUACUAGCCUAAAGUGCUAUCUGUACUAGAGUUGAUAAUUCAUAUCCACAUGUGUGUGCAAAUUUCUUUCCCUAUAUGUACUCCCUCCA